AUGUCUGUGAAUGCUUCAAAGGUUCAGAACCAUCACCUGAACUUGGACCAGGGACAGACAGACCUACUCCACUCAAACAUGCUUCCUUUCCUGAUCACCACCAUGAAUGCCAAGGCGAUAGGGUCAUUUUUAAUGCUGCUGCUGAUGUCGAGCCUGCUACUGUGGAAAAAUGUGACCUCCCAGUCUAAUUAUAACAAAAGCACUGACUACCACAUACCCAUGCCGACACUUCUUAAUCAUGCAAACAUUCUGUCAAACAACAUUUACAUCCUCUCUUCAGAACUGUACAAGGAAUUUAUAACCCUGUAUUCCAUGGACCGAGACUUGUAUUUCAAGUAUAUGAAAAGUUGUCCCACAGCUUCCAUCACCACCCCCCUUAACAAGAGGCAGACCCUGAAGAUGAAGGAGCAGGACCUGAUCCACCUGGUGAUCCACUUGAUGCUCUCCUGGGAAGAUCCUAUGAGCCACCUAAAGGCCCAAGCAGUUCGCUUGCCAAAGAUUUCUCUGAAUUUCAUGCAGAAAGCUGAGUUGAUCCAGCAAAAAAUACAGCAACUUCUAGAAUGGCUGAAGAUGAUCGCCAGGCAGGUUGACUUUCAAUUCAAAGACUAUGGGGAACGUGCUCUCUGGACUGAACUCCCGUUUCUGCUGUCAACUGAUGAAAAGGUUUUCAGGAUAACUUUUUACAACUUGUGCUGCUGCCUGCGCAGGGAUACUUUUAAGGUUGACACUUUCCUAAGGGUCUUAAAUUACCGAAUCACCCAAUACAGGCAAUCCUGAACUGCUAGUCAUUCCUAGUGUUCUGAGAUGCCUCUUAA